AUAGAGUAUAGAAUCUAUAGAUACACAAAUCGGCAUAGUUCAAAAUUCAAAUUUCAAAAGGGGAGGGCUUCCACCAUAAUUCAUAACGGCACAACGAAAUUAACGGCCCCUUCGCCAUGGCAACUUUCUUCUUUCCUCUGUAAUUAAGUAGUUCUACAAAAAACCGAUCCCUUUUAUCAAUGGAGGAAGACUUUGAAUGGCAAGACCCACUUCUUAUAACUGAUGUUUCUACCCUGCAGCAACAAGAUCAAACUCAGAUUCAAUGCGAAUUGCCGACUUUUUUUGGAUCUGAAGCUUCAACAAUGGAAGUAACGGAUGAAUGUAGUCCCACGAAGAUUGAUGGUCGUUCGAUGUUGGGAUUUUCGCUAACAUCACCCGAUUUAGUAUGCAUGGGUUCACCCGACAUUACUAACCAAAGAUACGAAGAAUCGCCUAAUUUUUUUACGGGCGGAAGAAUCGACGUCUCUUUAGAAAACGGAAUCGAGGGUUCGGAAACAAUCGACCCCUUUAAGGAUCCAUCUGCAAAUAUGGAAGAUUUAUGCACCGAAGCUUCGUUUGAGCUUGUCGCACCGCCAUUGGUCGAAGAGAAUCUGACUAAAGAUUCCACUACCGUAAUUGGCAUCAAUGUUGGAUCUUCAACUAGUGUUGAAUUUCAAGACAGCAUCCGCUUUUCCGAGGACGGUAGUUUUAACGGCGGCGAUACUAUAAGGACAGAAAAUCCCAUAAUCGGUGACGACGACACAAAAGACGUUCGUCUUUAUCAAACUGCACGGUUUGGGAGUUUUUCGUAUCAUUUUGAGAAUUUAGUGUCGGGGGAGUACUUAGUCGAUCUGCACUUUUCGGAGAUAGUGUUCACUGAUGGUCCCUCGGGAAUGAGAAUCUUCGAUGUUUUCUUACAAGAUGAUAAGGUUGUGUCUUGUUUAGAUAUUUACGCACAAGUCGGCGCACAUGUUCCUUUGGUGAUAUCCGAUCUUAAAACUUGCGUUAAUGGAGACGAAGGGUUGUCGGUUAGAUUUGAAGGAGUAAUUGGCAGUCCAAUAGUUAGUGGAAUAUUUAUUAGGAAAGAUUCUUCUGCAAGUUCUGAAGAGGUGAGAUUAUCCGAACAAGUGGGAUUUACGUGCAUACCACAAUGCGAUUCGCUGAAUGACGACGAAAAUGGUUCGUUCAACGAUAAUGAGUUUCAUAGGCUUCGAACCGAACAUGCAAUACAGAAGGAGGAACUGUCGAAGACAAAAAGGAUUUUGGAGGGAAUUAAACGAGAAUACGAGGAAAAGAGUAGAGAAUGCCACGAAGCUUGGAAAUCAUUGAAAGAUCUUCAAAACGAGCUUAUGCGCAAAUCAAUGCAUGUCGGAUCAUUGGCUUUUGCAAUUGAGGGACAAGUGAAAGAAAAGACGAGAUGGUUUUCAUCACUUCGUGACUUGACACGAAAAUUGAAGAUUCUGAAGAUGGAACAUAUUAGCCUCACAGAAGAAGCUGCAGUCCUUAAGCAUUAUGUAGGAGAGAUGGAGGGUGUCCAAUCUAUUGUUCAAUCCACAAUGAAUCAGCAAGUCGAAUUACACGAAGAUAUUAAAAAUAAGUACCUCCAAGAAGUGAAGCAGAGGAAAGAACUUUACAACAAAGUUCUUGAACUGAAAGGUAACAUUAGAGUAUUUUGUCGCUGUCGGCCAUUGAACACUGAAGAGAUCAAUGGUGGAGUUUCAGUGGCAGUUGAUUUCGAAGCUUCAAAAGACGGCGAAUUAACGAUUUUGUCAAACGGGAUAUCGAAAAAGACAUUUAAAUUUGACGCCGUUUUUAGUCCCGAAAACAACCAAUGUGAUGUUUUUGAGGAAACGGCCCCACUUGCAAUUUCGGUUCUCGAUGGAUUUAAUGUUUGCGUAUUUGCUUAUGGGCAAACCGGAACUGGAAAAACAUUUACUAUGGAGGGAACAAAUGAAGCUCGUGGAGUUAACUACAGAACUCUCGAGAAGCUAUUUGACAUAAUUGAGGAACGGAAAAACACGCACCGAUAUGAAGUAUCGGUUAGUGUUUUGGAGGUUUAUAAUGAGCAGAUAAAGGAUUUACUAGUUUCGGAUUCGCAGCCUGGCUUAAAUGCAAAAAGGCUCGAGAUAAAACAAGUAGGUGAAGGAGGGCAUCAUGUACCGGGAUUGGUCGAAGCAAAUGUGAACAAUGUGAGAGAGGUUUGGGAAGUUCUUCGGACUGGCAGUAAUGGAAGAGCCGUUGGAUCGACUAAUGCCAAUGAACAUAGUAGCCGUUCCCAUUGCAUGCAUUGUGUAAUGGUGAAGGGAGAGAAUCUACUUAACGGAGAAUGCACGAGGAGCAAGUUAUGGCUGGUUGAUCUAGCCGGAAGUGAGAGAAUAGCUAAAACGGAAGUUCAAGGAGAGAGAUUGAAAGAGACUCAGAAUAUAAAUCGAUCACUUUCUGCACUUGGAGAUGUUAUAUCUGCUCUUGCAAAUAGAAGCCCACACAUCCCUUUUAGGAAUUCGAAACUCACUCACUUGCUUCAAGACUCUUUAGGAGGAGAUUCGAAGACAUUGAUGUUUGUGCAGAUCAGUCCAAACGAAAACGAUCUGACCGAAACUAUUUGCUCGUUAAAUUUCGCUAGUAGAGUUCGCGGGAUUGAGUUAGGUCCUGCAAAGAAGCAAAUGGACAAAACCGAGCUCGUCAAAUACAAACAAAUGGUUGAAAAACUAAGGCAAGAAAUGAAGAGCAAAGAUUCCCAUGUACGGAAGUUGGAGGACACUAACUAUGGUCUUGAGGUGAAGAUAAAAGAUAGAGAUUCGAAAAACCGAAGCCUCCAAGAGAAGAUAAAAGAAUUGGAAUCGCAACUUCUGGUGGAGAGAAAGUUAGCACGACAGCACGUUGACUCGAGGAUAUUAGCAGAAAUGAAACAACACCAAGAGGAGCAGGUCAACUCCGAGUCAACGAGACCGCCACUUGCUCCGACGAAAAUACUCGGUGUUCAUAAAUCUCAAUCCGAAACCAAACCUCAACCAAGUAAUAAUAUCCCUCGUUUAUCUGCUGAAAACGAUGACUUCUCGUUUUUCCCUCUUUCCAUGGAUGAAAAUCCCAAGAUGGAUAAAGAAAAUAAUCCGGAAAUUGCCGAACAACUAUUAAAACCGCCGAAACAAACAGGCAGAGCUUCGCUUUGUCCGAUUGUCCCAAGGGUUUCUGCUCCACGUAGAAACUCUCUUAUCCCACUUCCGAGUUUGCAUGGACAAGCGAAGCUAGCACCCUCGUUUCUGCCGUUGACUCCGAUUCAAGCCGAUAAGAGUGAAGAAGGAGGUGAAACGUGUUUGCCCCUACAGGUGCAUAGUCCGAAAGAUCAAAAGAACAGAGGUAAGAGACUCGGUAGUGCGUUGAGAAGAAGCCUACAGAAGAAGAUUUACGUGAAGACACCCAUGCAGCCGCCUGUUAGAAGAAUCGGUGUCAAUGUCGGUAUGGAUAAGUUGAGAGUUUCGAUCGGGAGCCGAGGGCGAAUCGGUCAACGCGUGUUUCUUGGAAACGCUAGAAGAGGUGUAGCAACAAGGGAUGCUAAUAACAGUAAUAAUAAUACUCAGCUGAAGCAAAACCACAGAGACAAAGAACGAGGAUGGAAUACUGGGACAGUAACAAGGAAUCUCUUGUAGUGGUUUUCGAGUUUCUUUCGUAUUUAUUUGUUCCGACUGACCUUUGCAUAGUUUGAGUUUCAAGAUUCGUUUUUUUUUUUUUUUAACUUUCGAUGAUGGAUGAUGCUUAUCAUCUCUUUGGUUGGUUUAAAUUUAUUUGUUUGGUUGAAGUGAAUUGAUUUGAUGGUGAUGUACAUAACGAUUGUAAUUUGGUUCGGGUGGUUUUUUGUUCGUAAUUAUCAAUUAAUGGCUUGCAACA